AUGCUUCGACGACUCACACGUACCAACACCACUGCGGCUGCUGUGCGCACCAUUGUUGUCUUCAGCCAGCAACACCACAUCCUCGAGGGAAACCAGAAGGCCCGCAGCAGUCCCAGUAAUGUGUGGAUUGAGGACUGGGAGGUGGAGGGACACGGACUGCGGCCUGAGCCCGCUGCAGUGCCAACACAAUUGCUGCUUGACAAACCACUGGAGCUCUUUAACUUUGAUCAGCUUCUCUCCCCACCAGAAGUGAUGGAGGCUCCAAAACACAGCAGCUACAGCUCUCGAAAAAUGUAUGGAGAGAAAUUACAGUUUGAACUAAAUGAUCGUGCUCAAAAGCAUGGUUUUCAAAGUAAAUGGUGGUUAACUAGAGCACAAGCUAUGAAGAACUCCCUCACUUUUAAAGGUAAUGCACGUAGUUCUAUCAUUCUAACAAAGAGCUCACUUAAAUUGUACCACUCCAGCCAACUUAUUGGAGGAGAGUCCCUCAUGACACACCCGGUUUCUGGUGGUUCAAGGAAACUAUACAGUAAGAAGGGUGAAGCCUUCCAGGUACUUUCUGAUAAUAUUCGCCAGAACAAUUUUAACAGUGGUCUUUACUUUACAAAUCGUCAGCUGGAGUUUUUUAAACUUGCAGUUCAACCGAAUCAGACACCUGUGGUACUGGAUAUUUCUUCUGGAGAGCGGUAUCUAAUCUACAAUGUGGAGCAACUCGAGGAUCCUGAACUCGCGCUUAAGACACUUGAUCGUUCUCCCGUAAAUAUCCCAACCUUCCUCCUUUCCGGAGAGCCUAUUCAACACGAAAGUAUGAAGAAACUUCCCAAGUUCAAGAGUAACUACUGGUUGAGUGGACGUGAUGCAGAGCUUUAUCAAUGGCCUAUUAAGGAUUCUGAAAAAAAGAAGGGUGUACCACUUCGAAAUGAGGGAAGUGGGACUCUGCAGGUAGAGCUUUAUAAUGUGGAGCAGCUUGCUAACCCUGAAGAGGCUUUUGCCAAGGCGGGUCUUUUCGUCCAGUAA